AUGCGACUUCGGCUCAAGAGAACAGCCUCCACCAUCUCCUAUUCCCACCCCUCCGUCACCUCACUUUACUAUUCCCACCCCUUCUCCACCUCUCCACCACCACCCAUUUCCGACGCCGCCAACCGCACCCAUCUUUUGAAAUCCAUCCGCGCCGUCGAAACCACCGCCACCGCUGCCGCUGCCGUCGACUUCUUCCGCAGAAUGCUAACCCUAACCCCCUUCCCCUGCAUCCAAGACUUCAACCUCUUCUUCGGACUCGUCGCGAAAUCGCACCACCACGCCACCGUCAUUUCAUUCAUCAAAACCCUUAACCCGGUCAGCGCAAGUGCUGACGUGUGCACCCUCAACAUUUUCAUCAACUCCCUCUGCCACCUGCGCCAAACGACGUUGGGGUUCGCCGUGUUGGGUCUCAUGACCAAAACUGGUGUGGAACCCACGCUGGUGACGCUUAACAUCAUCGUUAACGGUCUUUGUAUUGAAAGGGAUGUGGAUCGUGCGCUUUGGUUGGUGGAAAAAAUGGAAACUUUAGGUUAUCAGUGCAAUGCUCGAACUUAUGGGGCGUUGGUUAAUGGUUUGUGUAAAAUUGGGGAUACUUCUGGUGCUGUAGAGUGUUUGAGGAAGAUGGUUGAGAGAAAUUUGGAGCUCAAUGUUGUGGUUUAUAAUGCGAUUUUGGAUGGGCUUUGCAAGAGAGGGUUGGUGAGUGAGGCUUUGGGGUUGUUCCGUGAGAUGGGUGUUACUGUUGAGCCUAAUGUUGUGACUUACAAUUGCUUGAUACAAGGUUUGUGUGGCGGGUUUGGUGGGUGGAGGGAGGGGGUGGUUUUGUUCAAUGAGAUGGUGGUGGAGAAGGGAAUUGCACCGGAUGUGCAAACGUUUUCGAUUUUGGUGGAUGGUUUUUGCAGAGAGGGGUUGCUUUCACGGGCAGAGAGUGUGAUAGGUUUUAUGGUUAGGACUGGGGUGAAGCCCAAUGUUGUUACGUAUAACACGUUGAUAGGUGGGCAUUGCUUGAGGAGUCGAAUGGAGGAGGCGAUGAGGGUAUUGGGUUUGAUGGAUAGCGAGGGGGAGGGGUGUUUGCCGAGUGUUGUGACGUAUAAUUUGUUGAUUCAUGGGUGGUGUAGAGUUAAGGAUGUUGAUAAGGCUAUGAUUCUGUUGGAUGAAAUGAUAGGGAAAAGGUUGAAUCCUGAUGUGGUCACUUGGACCAUUCUCAUUGGUGCGUUUUGUGAAGUGAGAAACCCAUCGGCUGCAAGGGAGUUGCUUUUAACUAUGGAAAAGUAUGGCCAAGUUCCCAAUCUUCAGACCUGUGCUGUUGUGUUGGAUGGGUUGUUCAAAUGCUGGCUUGAUUCAGAGGCGGUGUCGAUGUUUACAGUGAUGGAGAAGAAUGGUAUGGAUCUUGAUAUUGUGAUUUACAAUAUCAUGCUUAAUGGAGCGUGCACAGCAGGAAAACUGAAUGAUGCUAGGAAAGUUCUAUGUCGAAUGCAAGAUAAAGCGUUGAAAUUUGAUUCAUAUACUUAUAACAUAAUGAUUAAAAGUCUGUGUAGAGAAGGACAGCUGGAUGAUGCUGAAGAGAUGCUUAGGAAAAUGGAGGAGAAUGGAUGCCCGCCCAAUAAAUGCUCUUAUAAUGUCUUUGUCCGGGGACUGUUGAGAAAAUAUGAUAUUUCUAGGUCUAGAAAAUACCUUCAAAUAAUGAAAGACAAAGGGUUUGGAGUUGAUGCUACCACAACUGAGUUUCUUAGGCGUUUCUUAUCUGCCAAUGAAGGAGAUAAUGCAUUUCAAGAGAUGCUGCAGACCUGA